AUGUCUCUUUCGGUAUGCUCCGAAUGUCUCUCGCGGCUCCGAAUAUCGACCGCACCACGGAAACAACUGCCCAUUGCCGCGGCGGCAUGGAUGCAGACAACCUCCUUUCACACGACCGCCGCACAGUUCAAAUCUCCGCUUCUGAAAAAGAAAGCCACGCAACAAGGCUCAAGCGGACCUCGCGCGCGUCAAUCUCAAUCCGCGCGUCUAAAGAAGAAAUCCCGCGAAAGGCCAAAGCUUCCUCCCGUUGGAGAACGGCGAGCUCAAAGGCGGCGGAUCGUUCUGAGCAAUACCAAUGCCAUACCCGUGUCUAACAUAGAGACGUGGAGUAAGGAUAAUGUGGCCGAAGAAAAGUAUAUCGGGCAGAUGGUGGCCCUGGAUGGCGGGCUGUUGGAUCAACUGAGAGAUUCGAGGGCAUUCAAGACGACGCAGAAUUGGGGUUUGUUCAGGAGACCGGCGACGUUGAUCAGACAGGAGACGAUCAAAAUUGCCAAGGAUAUGCAAGAUAUCGAGGGCUCGGAUGGUGCCAACAAAUUCGUUAAGCGUCUGGUUAUUGGCGAGAGAGCGAGUGGGAAGAGCAUUCUGAUGCUACAGGCGAUGAGCAUGGCUUAUAUGAAGCAAUGGAUUGUCCUGAACAUACCAGAGGCCCAAGAACACGUCAACAACACGUCUUCCUAUGCACCUCUGCGACACACAGAAACAGAGACGGAGCAAAUGUACACCCAACCUCAUCUCACCCAGCUCCUCCUCCAACGCGCCGUGGCAUCUAAUGAGUCUGUCUUGAAAUCCUUCAAACUCAACCACAGUCACGCGAAACCCCUCUCGCUGAAGAACAACGCCACGCUUUACGACCUUGCCCAGCAAGGCGCGGCGGACUUCCACGUCGCCUCGCUAGCCUGGCAAGCUCUGUAUAAAGAACUGAGCGUUCCAGGGGCAAACCGUCGACCGCCCGUGCUCGUCGCAGCAGACGGGGUUGACCACUGGAUGGGUUCGACGCUGUACCGCAACAGCGAGCACAAAAUCAUUCAUGCCCAUCAAUUCGCACUGGUGAAGCGCUUCACCAACCUUUUGUUCUCAGAUCUCGGUACUGCCAGCCCGUUUGUCAGUGGUGGAAUGGUCCUCUUCAGCACGUCCGGAAGCAAUACCCCCGCGCACCCAACAUUCGAACUCCUCCUGUCUCAAAUGCGCGCCGUCCAAAACCAGCACAUGGCGCCCACCGACCCAGACUUCCCUCUCCCAAAACCUUAUAGCAAGGCUGAUGAGCACGUCCUCGCCCUUUCCGGCGCCGCCACCGCUCACAACAAUGUACAUCUUAUGGAACUCAAGGGCCUCGACAGAGAGGAAAGCAGGGGGUACCUGGAGUACUUUGCACGCAGCGGAAUAUUGCACAAGAGGAUCACAGACGGGUUUGUGGGCGAAAUGAGGGGGUUGAGUGGAGGGGGUGUUGUCGGAGAGUUGGCUCGGUUUGGCAGGCGGGUUACUGCAUAG